UAUCCUCAUUCCGAUGAGUCAAUCCAUUCCAUCAAAAACUGAUACACACACUCCUCUCUUGCACAACAUCAAACAACGAGGUUGCAUACCUCAUCAAUAAGAUAAGAUUCAUUGUCCGUGCAUCCUAUCGGUCAAAAAGACGACGUGCUCCAUCCGUUCCGCUCCCCCCCCCCGAAGCCGAGCCAUCCCAACCCAACCCAUCGCCAUGGUUUCGAACGCACCCACUGCCACCCCUUCCACCACGGAACCCCCCUUCGGUGGACAGGCGGAAAGCCGCGAACGGUGCGGGGCCGUCCUGACCAAGCAGAGGGCCUGCUACGAGAAGCACGGCCUCGGCGAUCCGAGCGACCCCACCGCAGCGCUUUCCUCCUCCGAGCGCUUCCAGAGGUGCUGGAUCCCCUCCCUCCGGGCCAAGCGGUGCCUUUCCUUUGCCCGCUGCACUUCCGAGGCCCUCGCCUACUAUUCCACCCCCUCGGACCGGGGGUCGGAGGGCGGGCCCUCGGGAAAGGGCUACUGUUCCUCCUACGACGAGGCCUACUGCUUCGGAAACCCGCGGAUCAUGAAGGUCGACCUCCGGGACCCGACCCCGGGACAGAAGGCGACCCAGGAGCACCGGAUGGAGACCUUUAAGCACCACGAGCGGUGGAAGCGCCGGGUCGUCAACAGCAAGCUCAAGCAGCAGCGCUGCGAGCAGGUCCGGAACAAGCUGCACGCCUGCCUCCGGGAACACGGGUAGUGGGGGAAGCAAUCCCGACGGCAACAAGAAGACCAGCGGUGGUGAAGACGAUGGGGGAUCCCCACCCCGUUCAUGGGUUCCGUUCCGUUCGGUUCGACUCGACUCGACUCGACUCGACUCAACUCGACCCACGAAUCCACGAAUCCCAUAGGUCUUCGUUCCUUUUUGGUUUGCUUGCACACAUACGCACAGG